AUGGUUGAUCCUUUCUACCCCUUAAUGCCGGGCAACCCCCCGAUCGAAGGAGACGGGAACAUGUCGGCAUUCCGCAUCCACGACGGCAAAUUCGACCUCAAAACCCGAUACGUGGAUACGGAGCGCCUCCGGCUUGAGCGUGCUGCAGGCAAGAUCUAUAUCGAAACGUCCAGGGUGUUCGCCAACUUGUUUCCAUUAUGGGGAGGAAAAGACGCCCUGCCUUUCAGCAUGAUCCCAGAGGCCGAUUUUGUGUGCUGGGAGCUGGACCUCUCCAAACCGACCCAGAGCACGAUUCCGGACCCGGAAGUUGUUGUUGAUGUGGCUUCCGAUUUUCCUCGUAUCGACGAGCGUCGGAUGGGCCGGCACUACAAUAUCAUCUAUCUUCCUGUGGUCGUUCCUGACCUGCCACCAAACGGGUUCCCUAUGCCGGUGAGCCUAAAUGCGCUGUCAAAAGUCGACAAGAAGGCCAAAACCAUCGAAUAUUUCAAGCCUGGUGACGAUUGCCUGGUGGAAGAGCCUAUCUUCAUCCCUCGGAAUAAAGACAGCGCCGAAGGUGACGGGUGGGUUCUGUCGAUGAUUAAGCGGGUCAAGCAGAGAAGAAGCGACCUAGUGGUCCUCGACAGCAAGGACUUUUCGAAACCCAUCGCCAUUAUUCAAAUGCCUCUUUACCUGCGUAACCAGGUCCAUCGCAAUUGGGUCGAAGCCUUCGAGCACACCACUGUGGCUCGGCCCUUCACUCGGGUAUUCAAGACGGAUAAAGUUAGCGGGAGGGGAGCGUUGGAAGAGGAAUGGUGUAGCACAUCUGAACCUGCUUCGCUUCCAAGCCCUAGGCCGGAGUGUGGGCCUCGUUGCCACUGCAAGUUAAGCACCAGGUCGUCGACCAUGAGAGAACCAAGCAACCAGAACUCAUCACAGUGA